AUAAUAUUAAUAAUAAAAAAAGUCUUAUAACAAAAUACAUGCUCUCCAUUUUCAACCUGCCUUUCCCCUUCUUCUUCCCUUCUCUUCUUCUAUUCUCUUUCUUCCUCCAUUUAUCAGAUUCCAAUAUUUUUCUCUCAAAAAAUUGAAUUCUACAGAUUUCCAGCUUCAAAAUCAAAUUUCCAAUUUUUAUGAAUUAGUUCAUGAUUUGUAAUUUAUGCAAUUUAUGAUAAUAAAUUCAGUCAUUUUAAGACAAAAAUUGGGUCUGGGUUUCUCUGAAUUUUGAUUCUCUAAUCUAAGCUCCAUCUGGGGUUUUUGCAAGAACACCCUCACGGACCACUUUUCAGUGUUGUAGAGAAUAAAUUCUUAAUUUUUUUUCUGGGAAAAUAAAAAAUAUUUUUAUAAAAUUAAUUUUCGGGUUGUUCAGAAAAAAAAGCUUUAGUUUGAUUUUAGUUAAUUUGUGGAAUUUUUUUAAAAAGUAAAAAAAAAAAGUUGAGGAGGACAUGGGCAAGCAAGGACCUUGCUAUCACUGUGGUGUUACAAGCACCCCACUUUGGCGCAAUGGUCCACCGGAGAAGCCUGUUCUUUGCAAUGCAUGUGGAUCUCGAUGGAGAACAAAGGGGACUCUUGCAAAUUAUACCCCUUUACAUUCCAGAGUAGAUCCUGAUGAUUAUGAGGAUCAUAGAGUGGCUAGGGUGAAGACCAUUUCCCUUAAGAAAAGGGAUGACAAGUUAAGCAAAAGGAAAUUUAGUUACGAAAACUCGAUAGAAAAUGGGGGAUAUGCCCCUGAUUACAGCCAUGGAUUUCAGAAGAAUCAUGAAGAAGAUACUAGUAAUAGAUCAAGUUCAGGCUCUGCCAUUUCAAAUUCUGAAAGCUGUGCUCAGUUUGGCAGUGCAGAUGCUAGUGAAUUGUCAGGUCCAGCACAAUCCAUAGUGUGGGAUGCGCUGGUUCCGUCAAGGAAAAGAACAUGUGUAACUCGUGCGAAGCAAUCUUCAGUAGAGAAGCUGACAAAGGACUUGUAUACCAUAUUACAUGAACAGGCUUCUCACUUUUCAGUCUCCUCUGAAGAGGACUUGCUUUAUGAGAGUGAAGCACCAAUGGUGUCAGUUGAAAUAGGUCAUGGAAGUGUUCUUAUUAGACACCCAAGUUCCUUUGUAAGGGAAGAGGAAUCUGAAGCUAGUUCUCUUUCAGUUGAUAAUAAGCUUUGCAGAACAGAUGAUGGGUACUCUAAUCCUGCAUCUAUGCUGUUGCUUAAUGACAGCAAGAGUGUGGGUAGUUCUUGCUUUGGGGUGGAAAAAGUUAAGAGGCUAAAUGGACAAAUUAUGCAAUUGGAUCAAACUAAGAGGGAAAAAUGCGAUCCUGAGAGCAUGCAGAUUCUAUGGAACCAUGAUUCCCCACUGUGUCACAUUGACUUGAAUGAAAUCGUCAAUUCUGAUGUAUUUUGUGGUCAUUUAACGGAUGAGGAACAGCAGAAAUUGCUCAAGUAUCUGCCAACUAUGGAUUCUUCCACACUUUCUGAUAGUCUUGGAAGCAUCCUUACUAGUAAGCAAUUCAAGGAGAACCUAUCUUCCUUUCAGCAGCUGCUUGCGGACGGGGUUUUUGAUACUUCUUUUCCAGGAGUUCAAACCGAGGAUUGUAAAGUCCUUAAAAGACUUGCAUUAUCCAAUAUGACUAAGUCCAAAUGGGUAGAAUAUCACAAUAUGCUUAAGGAUAAGAGAAUUAAAGAGAGUACAGGAGAGUCUGUCCGUAUAUCAGAAGUUAAAUCCAGCUUUUCUGGUAACCUUUUUAAUGCUAAGAGAUCGCGAGUGAACCAAUGUCAUCGUUGGCCAGAAACAAAAACUGCAACAAAGCCCCCGAAAAGAGUGGUUCUGAAAGUUGAUAGCAAAAACAAGCAGCCUUUACAAUAUGAAGGCUCGUGCUUCACUCCACCCCCAAGGAACCUCUUCUCAUUGCCAACCAACGGGAGCUCUCUCAUGCUCGAUUCCUACCAAUUUGAAGAUGAAAGUUCUGAUCAAGAUUUGCUGCUCGAUGUUCCAUCCAACGGUUCAUUCCCUCAAGCUGAGGCUGAGUUCUUCUGUCCCGCCUCAUCUCAACAAGCAAGUGCAAGUAGUAGUUCUAUACACCUUUCUCAUUUCCGUCCUUGACAAAUGAGAUAAUGCCAUCCGAAUCCAUGGAACAAGAAUUUCUUUGGAUGAUGUUUAAUAGUUUUGUUUAUGACCCCUCAUCACCCCCUCCCCCAAAGUGCCUAUUUUGAACUUGGAUUGGUAAGGGGAAUGAAUAUGUGGGUUUCUCUUUUUGUAUAGGUUGAUGAUGAAAAAGCUUGUAGCAUAUAUAUAUAGCCAUAAUGCAGAAGAGAUGGUAAAAGAUUUCGGGAUACUGUAUGCAGUUUAGUUUCUUAUAAGCUAACAUAUGGCAUCCUUUCGGGUAAAACUGUAUUGUGGGGGAAAAUAUACAGUUCCCGGUUAGUUGAAGAAGAAAACGGAAAAACCAGUUUUCUUAGAUGCCUGUAAACAAAAGGUCAUCCUCAUCCAUAUAUAUGGAGUGUUACUAUAGUUGAAAAAGGCUUUGCAUUUGCAUGGCUUUUCUUACAUAUAGGGUUUUACACAGGAGGUAAGAUCAUGUAUACCUGACUGUCAUUUUUUUGUUUUA